AUGUCAAACACGGAUCCGGCCGUUCCAGACGCCAGUUGGUAUUUCGGUGAGAUAAGUCGAGAAAAAACAAAUGAGAUUCUGGUCGAUCAACCAGUUGGGACGUUUCUUGUUCGAGAUAGCACUACAAAAUCCGGAUACGCUUUGGCUGUGAACAAAAUGUUUCGAUUUGGCGAUUCCUUGUAUGAAUCGUUUGACGAUCUUAUUCGACAAUACAUGGAGACUAAAACCUCCGCUUGCAGGUUGAAACAGCCGGCUCCCAAAGCAGUAUACAUUGGCCUGCACAACUAUACUGGUCAAGAGGAAACAGACCUUUCAUUUAAUCGUGGGGACAUCCUUCAUUUCAUUCGGCAAAAAAAGGACUGGGUAUUUUGCAAAUCCGAAGCAGACCAAAUUGGAUGGGUGCCGUUGAACUAUUUAGUCCCGUUCACUCCGGAGUUGGCCUCCAGACUUCGGGGUCAUACGGAUCAGGCCAGUUUGUCCCAUUGUCGGAAGGCAGAUUUUGUUAAACUUCCGGCUACCGGGAAGGUGAUUCGGGAGCGAAAUCCAAGCAUCUUUUUGAAUGGACAUUUAAAGGUUCAGAAUGGAACGGCCGGCUCCGAGGGACACGGCACUGCUGAGACCAAUCAAAAGGAGGCUAGCAGCGAGCUACAACAGGCGCCUACCUCAGUGGAACCAUUCGGAUAG